CGUUAGCGCGAAAACCCAUGCAUCAUUUAUGAAAUUUGUAAGGUGAUAAACUUUUAAGAUCGUGCCAAGAGCAGGGAGAAGUUCAGAACACUUCCAAGUAUCAAAGAUACGAAGAUGCAGAUCGGCGUAGUGAUUGCCCUCACUGUAUGCCUGGCAUACACGGCCAGUGCCUUGAUAGUCCAAAAGCGCAGCCCCAGCCCAUGUGGGUACAACUGCCCCGCCCAUUGCGCCCCAAGAUGCACCAUAACGUGCUGUAGUACCCCUCCCCCCGGCACCAACCCCCCACUGAACCCCGCCCCUCCGCCACCACCACCACCAAUGAGUCCACCAAUCUACGGGCCCCAAGGCAUGCCGGGAAUGCAGGGACCAGUCGGCGUGAUGGGAAGCCAAGGCCCUGCUGGAUCACCAGGGCAACCAGGACCCCCCGGACCCCCAGGACCCCCUGGACCACCAGCACCACCCGGCCCCCCCUCACCCCCUUACUACGUCUAAUUACUUUACGCUUUUCUAGCUUAAAGCGGACCAGAUCUAAUCACAAUUUGUUUUAGUGAUUGGCUUUGAAAUAGGGCAACAAAAUAAGAUUACUGUGCGAUCAUUAUUUUAACUUUUUGCUUAUAUUGUAUGAAUAUAUAAUUUGGAAAAUAAAGAAAUAUAUUCUUUAGAAAA